AUGGGCCACGACGAGGGCACUCCUCUCGUUGCCACCUACAAGACACAACGGCCACCAUGGAUUGGACUGUGGAGUAGCCGUGAAUACAAGGGUCGCCCGGAUUGGUGGAAGGAGGCCGGUGUUCGGGAUGAUGUUGUUCGUAGCGGAAAGCUGCGUUUGGUACGUCACCGCUAUAAGGAGGAAGAUCCGGUGUUCUUUGAUCCUAAGGUCCCUGAUGGAACAUCUAAUUCUGGUCCGAUUGGCCUUGAUUCGAUGUACCAUAACAAUAUCACUAUUAAAGCCGACCAACCAGGAAGUUUGGAAGACUUCCAAACAAAGAUGUGGAAGAGUUCCCAUCAGUAUAAAAAUAUUGUCGAAAAAUUCGAUAUAAGCAAGGAACAUCCGGGAUUCGAUGUUAAUCCGGCUCUCAGCGAGCUACUUAACAGUAAGCGCAUCGAUUCAUUUUCAGCUUCUCUUCACUAUAACUCUAAGCUUGCAGUUCCAAAAUGGGAGCUCGGUCGUGGGGGAUUCUUCACCAACCACUGGUACCACUUUGGACCACGAUUCUUCGAAAAACCACUGAAUGAGGCUGCUCAUGAGAAGGGUCUGGCUAUGGCAAAAUACACCGCGAUGCUAAUGCUGCCGUACACGAUGUGUGAGAUUAAAUCAACUGGCUCGGUACCAGCCGAGAAAUUUAGACCAAGGACUUUCUUUAAGCGCUAUUUUCAACUUAUGCCAAAGCCUGCCAUCCUGGCUUUCACUUGGGGAGUUUCACUUUCUGCUGCAGCAACUUACCGUAACAAGGUAAGUUCCGAGAGUGUUACCAUUUUUAUUAGUUUUCCUUCA